AUGACCGCAGACAGAGCCUGGUCAAUAGCGGAAACCCUGUUUCCGACUGAAGAUAUAGACGACGGACUUAUUUUUGUCUUGUUCUCCAAAGAUGCCUGUAAACGUCAAAACAACGGAAAAGACCCGUCGUUUAGGCCAGUGUGCCUCAUUGACACAAUGGGUAAAUUGCUCGAACAACCAAUAACUAAACAACUCAAGGAGGAAAUUGACAGAUUCGGAGGUUUAUCUGAAAGACAAUACGGCUUCAGACAGAGCAGGUCCACUAUCGACGCGAUCCAAACGGUGAUUAACAUAGCGAAAGAAGUAAGAGCUGGUAAUAGAGGCAACAGAAAGCUUUGCGCCUUACUGACGUUGAACAUCAAAAAUGCUUUCAACGCGGUCAAAUGGAAAACCAUAUUAGAGGAA